AUGUACCAGUACACACCAUUCUCUGUCUCCGUGUCCGUUUACUCCCCUGCUACGCUUGCCUCUUCUGCUGCCAUCUUGACUCAGGCACUGGCCGUGAAAGAUGCUAAGGUAUGUGUACCUCUUGCUGCAAGUUGUGACCUCCCAGUGGUGGGAUUUCACCAUGUCCGCCGCAACAGCAAUGGUCGAGAAAAGGGCAAGACGAAACUUCGGCAAGAGAGUUGCCUGGGGUCCUCUGUAGAAUUCAGGUUGCCGUGUACGGAUACACUGCAGGUUGACUAUGGCAGUCUUACGGGGAUGCUGGGGGUUGAGAAUCGAGAUUUCUUCAGCGAACCGUGGGUAGUUGCAGACUCGGACUCUCUUGGCUUUCUCCAGUCUCGAGGCUGCUCCAGCAAGGAUUUGCCGAGAAACGUCCAGGAGUUCAGGACCCCCAUGAAUCCCACGCUUCGAGACUUGGACCAAUUCGGCUCCGGCCCCACUGCGGCCCAGGACCCGGACCUCAACCAGUGUCCUAAUCGGGCAAAAGGGCGGCGCUCACGGCCUGGCGAGUGCCAUUUGACAGUCGAGCUAGCAAAUGGGACUAUCUCCUAA